GAUUCCAGAAUCCAUGACCCAUCAAUCACCGUAGUUCUUCUCUUCCCAUGAAGCAAUAACCUCUUGUUGGAUCGCCGACCCGAUUGAAUCAACCGGUUACUCAACAAACAAAGUCGGAUUCUCUUUUUAAUUCAACCACAAAUCAACGGCAAAGACCAAAUCUUUUCUUAAAUUUGAACAAAAUCAAUCAAAACUUAAUAAAGUCUUUACCUUUUUUGAGUGAACAGAAUGGAAGGUAGUUUUGCUAAGGAGCUUUAUUCAGAAAGUUUGCAACUUUCAAAUGCUGAAUUGGGUUCUAUGCCCAUUGCGAAUGGUGACUUGCAGGAUGAUGGUGGGUCAUUGUGGGAUGAUUCUGUUGAGGAGUUGGAUAGAGAAUCUGAUUUAGACCGGGAGUGGCAGAGGAGACAUGAUCAAUUUCACACGAUUGGAUAUCGUGAUGGUCUCAUAGCAGGGAAAGAAGAUUCUGCACAAGAGGGAUUUAAUGUUGGUUUUAAGCAAUCAGUGCUUGUAGGAUACAACUGGGGUCUUGUUAGAGGUGUUACCAGUGCGGUUGCCUGCCUGCCAGAUGACUUGAAGGAGAAGCUGAUUGAAACGCAGGAAAAAAGAAACAAAUUUCAGGGUUUGUAUGAAUCAGUGCAUUCUAUUUCUACAGUGGAUGCUCUUAAGUUCUUUCAUGAUGACAUAUUGAGAAAGAAAGCAAUGGAGCAAAGGGAGCUUGAGAAGGCAAGUUCUGAUGUAGCCAGAAUGAACAAGGAUGAUAGCUCAUGCUGCAGUAAUCUUGAAAAUUAUGUUGGAGAGCUUCAAUCACUUCUUCUUGACUUGCCUACAAUCAAGUCACAUUUAUCAGUAAAGCAACUCCUGUAAAGAACUGAAUAAUGUAUUGGACAUAUUGUCUUUUUAUUGAAGGAUAACAUUGUUAAUGUUGUUUUCUCACAACUGUAUCACCAAUUUUGAUUAGAUCCAUAUAUAUCACAAUUUUGUUUACCGUUA